AUGAAAACAUCUCUGAUCUACUUGGUUCUCCUAGCUGGCGCUUGUCUCCCUGUCCUGUGUGGUGAAGAGAAGCAGCCCACCCUGCAGCCUGAGGCCCAUACUGAAAGCCGCUCACCCUUCGCAGCUCUUGAUGAAGUUCGUGUCCUGGCAAAUGGACUCCUCCAGCUGGGCCAGAGCUUGCGGAACUUUGUGCGCAAAACCAAAGGACAGAUUAGUGAGAUUUUCCAAAAGCUCAACAUCUUCGAUGAUUCUUUCAACAAACUCUCCGUGUUGGCCGGUAAAAUCAAAGUGGAAGAAGAAGAGCUGAAGAAGACGGCGGUGGUACUAAAGGCUAAUAAUGAAGAGAUCAAGGGCAUAUCUGUUCAAAUCAACUCCAAAGUGGACAUAAUCAUGCAGGAAAAGAAUUUUCUGCAGAGUAAGGUUGAAGACCUGGAGGAAAAACUGAGAAGUUUGUCUCAGGGAAUGUUGAGUGGGGACCAAGUGUUAGAGAUCAACAGCCUGAGGGGAGUGAUUAACAGCCAGGAGCAAAGCAUCACCGAACUGUUGAAGGCUGUGAGGGAGCAAAGUGAUCAGCUCAACUACCAAAGGAAUAAGAUCAAGAGUCUGGAAGAAAAGCUUACAGUGAGUGCCUUUGCCCAAGACACGGUUGAAAGGAAACUUGAAUCAUUCAACAGCGAGACACCAACACUCAGUCCUUAUCUGGGCUCAGCCUCCAGUAACAAAACUGCAGCUAUGGAUCUCCCAGUGGACUGCAGUGAACUGUUCAACAGAGGUGAGAAAAGCAGUGGUGUGUACCCAGUUAGACCCAAUGGAUCAGAGCCCUUCAUGGUGUUUUGUGACAUGAGUGCAGCUCAUGGAGCAACAGUCAUCCAGCGAAGAAAGGAUGGUUCUGUCAACUUUGACCAAACUUGGGAAAACUAUGAAAACGGAUUUGGAGAUUUUCACGGGGAGUUUUGGCUGGGUCUCAGUAAAAUUCACUCUCUGGUUGCUCAGGGCAAUUCUGUCCUUCAUAUCCAUCUGGAAGACUGGAAACAGAGCAAGCGCUUCAUUGAAUACACUUUUGACCUUGACGGUCCAGAGAGUAACUACACUCUUCACCUCAAGCUUCUGUCAGGAGAUCUCGUUGACCCCUUGGAGAAUCAAACAGGCGUGAUGUUCUCCACUAAGGACAGGGACAAUGAUAAGAAAUGGGACUCCAGCUGUGCCCACACAGGUGGUUGGUGGUUCAGUAGCUGUGGGGACACCAACUUGAACGGGAGGUAUUUCCUCAUGAGACAUAAGGGACGUUUGGACCGUCGAAGAGGGAUCCAUUUGAAGCCGGGUCGAAAAACAUCUUUUUUCCUCAGGUUCACGCAGAUAUCAGUCCAUCCUUACAAUCUUUCUUCAACGUCAUCAGAGACAGAUGGCUUUCACACAAACAGCGCAGACAGUGAAUAG